CCCUUCCUUUAAAUCCUCCCAUCCUAUCCUGCAUUCCCUGCUCUCUCAUAUAAAUAUAAAUAUAAAUAUUUAUAUUUUUCUCUCCGAUUCAGUCUUCUUAUAACUUAUACUUACAACACCUUUCUGUCUGUCUAAAAAUUUAAAUUUAUUUAUCAACAACAACAAACAAUUAGAAUCCCCAAUUCACCAAAUCAACAAACCCUAAUUUCCCAUUCAGAAGAAGAACAUCCAAUUCAAUUCCGGCACUAUGUCCCUCUGAGUUUCCCUUUCGUACCUCUAUUCUCCAAUAGGUAGCAGCUGGGAUUGAUAUUAAAAUUCAAACACAGACAGAGAGCAUAAUGGAGGGCAAUCCGCACCCAGUACCUCGAACAGUGGAGGAAGUCUUCAGCGACUUCAGAGGCAGACGCGCCGGCUUGAUUAAGGCCCUCACCAGUGACGUUCAGAAGUUUUAUCAAGAGUGCGAUCCUGAGAAGGAGAAUCUGUGUCUGUAUGGACUGCCAAAUGAGGCAUGGGAAGUUAACCUGCCUGUUGAGGAGGUGCCUCCUGAGCUUCCCGAGCCAGCAUUAGGCAUAAACUUUGCUAGGGAUGGGAUGCAGGAGAAGGACUGGCUAUCACUGGUUGCAGUUCAUAGCGAUUCAUGGUUGCUUGCAGUUGCAUUUUACUUUGGUGCACGAUUUGGGUUUGGUAAGAAUGAAAGGAAAAGGCUUUUUCAGAUGAUAAAUGAUCUCCCCACUAUAUUUGAAGUUGUGACAGGAAAUGCUAAGCAACCAAAAGACCAGUCUGCUCCUCACAACAACAGUAGCAAGAACAAAUCUAGUGGAAAGGUGUCUCGGCAGUCUGAGCUCCCCCAAAGCAAAGGAGUAAAGAUGUCUCCGCUGCCCAAAGAAGAGGAGGAAAGCGGGGAAGAAGAAGAAGAAGAUGAUGAACAAGGUGCGACUUGCGGGGCAUGUGGAGACAACUAUGGUGCUGAUGAGUUCUGGAUUUGCUGUGAUGUGUGUGAGAGAUGGUUCCAUGGAAAAUGUGUAAAGAUUACACCUGCAAAGGCUGAGCAUAUCAAGCAGUACAAGUGCCCAGGUUGCAGUAGCAAAAGGGCUAGAGUUUAAAUCUAGUCUGAAUUUGCAGAACAAAACCGUUCAAAGAAAGCAGAUGAGGGUUUACAACUAUCAUUACAAUUUGGAGUAAAACAGAGUCAGUUGUCUAUCUUAGUUAAUGAAUUUGAAUGAUUGCAAAUGGGAUUCUAAGUUUUGCUACUCUUUGUUCUUGUUCUGUCUAAUUUUCUCAGGAAUUUGUUUCUAAUAUGAAUAGUCAGUUAUAAAUAUGCCUUUGUAGUUUCUUGGUUUGAUUCUGAAUCAUUUAUUCAUGUGUUUAUGCAUUGUUACUUACUGUUUGGAGGCUAUAGUUUUUUGUUGUUUUUGCUGUUUUCUGAUGUUCUUGUUGUCCUUAGUAUUAAUACUACAAUAUCAUCUUCUAUAAGAAAGCACAGAUAUUGAGCAAGUUGUUGGUGCAGUCGUGGAGUAAUGGUCCAUGCAAAGAAUGGUUUCUGGUAAGUUUCACUGAGAGAUGUUGUACUGGAAGAUUUUGGUUUGAUUAUAAGGUACCAAAGUUGGGGGGAGAAUUGGAUAUGCCAACAGUUUUAUCGUGUUGACUAGGAAUUGCUCUGUCAGGACUUGAGGCUUUAGUUGAUCACUCAUCGGAGCAUGGGAAUGAUCUCCGGGUUCUGGAAUGUAGCUGGAAAGGUAAUCUGUGGUUGUGCAGCAGUUCUUACUCUUGAGCAAGUAAAGACCAAGCAUGGAUGCAUGCUCUGCUCUGCUCUGCUCUUCCCUCUCUGAGGAAUGAGAGACGGGAGCUCUUUUCAUUUCUAGGCUGCUGAAUUGAAGAGAAAAAUGUCUGUUCACGAAAGAGUUACAAAGAGAGGGAGACAGACAGAGCGACCAAAAUGAGAGCGAUUUUCUUUUGUUUUUUUUAUAUUUAUUUCUCAGUUGGAGCUUGUCUGAUAUUAAAAGUUCUUCUAUCCGUCUUUUACGAUUUAAUAUACCUUUCUGGUUUUGUAGAA